CUCGAACUACUUGCUCAAUAAUUCUGUCCAGUCGCUUUCGGCCCGACAUGUUCCAGAAUAGGGUGCAGGGGGGGAAAUUAUUGGAUGGGGUAGAUCGAGUUUAAUAAACUCGAACUAGUGUAGAUCGAGUGUUUUAGACUCGAACCACUGCAUCAGUUUACGAUGAUAAAAAGCCCUCACUUAGCACAUUCUGGCAGCUCUUUUACUUUCUAUCUUCUUUCUUCCAAACACAAACUGCAGCAGCUGGAGCACCAUAGCUCACCAAAGAAGAAAAUUUUUGGAGAAAUGGGUAGAAAGUUUCGAAAAUUCGACUUAUUGAUUCGGUGGAAUGGUCGAAUUACCCAUUUUCAUGAUAGUAUUGACUACGAAGAUGGUGAAUCAAGUACUGUCCCGAUUAAGAGCAUAUUUACUUGGCAAGAACUCAGCCAUAUUUGUGCGGAACGAUGUUGCAUAGGAGGGAGAAGAGUAUGCAAGAUGACUUACCGUAUGCCGGUUUACAAGGAUUAUGCACUUGUAUAUGAAGGAUCAGUUUUGUCUGACGAUGAUGAUGUUAAUAUGAUGAUGAGAUUUAUUGCAGAGAACAGAUUUACAACUGCUGAGGUGUAUGUCGAGACAGAAGUUGUUGGCCAAUAUGGUGGGGGUGGUUAUACCGAACAAGGUGAAGGAUCGGGAGCUUUUUCCGGUUCAGGAGAUUUCAGAGUGCAGCAUGAUGCACCAUGGCCAACAUACGAGGAUCGAGCUGCAACUGGUCCAUUGGUGGAACAUGACGGACAGGAGUGGCCAGUAUGGGGUGGAGAAUGGGAUUACAUAAGGGCACCCAGACAAGCAUCUACAGCAGCAUCUGGCAUCAACAAUGAUCCAUAUGUGGAUAAACCAAGUCCUCCGUACACUAGCGAGGCAAGCGACGUGGAAGACGAAGAGUUAGAAUCAAUGAGUAGUUCAGAUGGUGAAGAUCUGGAAGUUGACGAGGGGGAAUUUGAGCCCCCCACACCUCACUACACGAUGGUGCCACAACAUCCUCUCUAUGCUCACAACGACGAUCCUGACCUCCCUCCUAUACCAAUCUGGACUCCUGACUCUGGAUUCGUGGUUGGCCAAACAUUUGCAGGAAAGCCACAGGUGGUCGAUGCAUUGAAAGAAACUGCUAUGCGAAGAAGCUUUCAAUAUCGUGUCAUCACUUCUGACACUAAACAAAUUCAUGUUCGUUGCGAGAACCAUGGCGACGGAUGCAUGUGGCAUGUUCGGGCGGCAUAUGUUAAAAGAAAUGGGGCUUGGCUCAUUCGUAAGACAGACAACAAUCACACUUGUAGGUCGUCACUGAUUUCUCUAGAUCACCGACAAUUGAGUGCAAGGAAGGUUGCACAAACAAUCAAACAUCUGAUUGAGGCACAACCUGGGAUCACCGUGAAGAGUGUCAUCGCUGAAGUGAAGAAUCGACAUGGCUAUACCAUCAGUUACAAGAAAGCAUGGCAUGGGAAGCAAAAAGCUAUGGCAGAGGUGUAUGGUGAUUGGGAAGAGUCAUUUGCUAACAUGCCUCGUUUGAUUCUUGCAAUGGAGGACAAGAAUCCUGGGUCUGUUUUUGUGCCUAGUUACGAAGAUUUCUAUGGAGGUGCUAAACGCGUGUUUAAGAGACUAUUUUGGGCAUUCAAACCUUGCAUUGAUGGUUUCACCCAUUGUCUGCCAAUAAUCCAAGUUGAUGGCACCUUUCUGACCGGCAAAUACAAGGGCACUCUACUCGUUGCCACUAGUGUUGAUGGCAGUAUGCAACUUUUCCCCCUUGCUUUUGCUAUAGUCGAAUCGGAGAACAACUUAAGUUGGGCAUGGUUUUUUUCCCAACUAUACACUCGUGUCACUCAACGGAAGGACAUUGCCAUACUUUCUGAUCGACACCAUGGAAUUAGACAUGCUUUCUACGACCUGCCCGAGGAGCUAGGGUGGAAGUGGCGAUGGUGCAUACGACAUUUCAAAAGCAAUUACGGGAAGCACUUUGGUAGAACUUAUGGACAACGUGCAGUUUGGCACGCUGGUAAGAACAAAUAAGAUGUUGUGAUUAUAUCAAUUGGUUGAAUGUGUAUACUCCUUUACUAACCUUAUUUUGCUUUAUUGUAGCUAUUGCUUUUCAGACUCGAAAGUUUGUAGACAAAAUGAAGAGCAUAAGGGAGGUCCACUCUGAAGGUGCAGAUUGGCUAGAAACUCAUCCUUAUGAGAGGUGGACGUUACAUCAAGACGAAGGGUAUAGGUAUGGAAUAACAACAACGAACAUGGGUGAGUGCCUCAAUGGUUUGUAUGUUGGUCUUCGUGCAAUGCCUAUCUCAUCUAUAGUCUUGCAUACCUUCUUUCGUACGGUGACAUGGUUCGUUGAACGCUACCAAGCAGCAUAUCAGAUGUUGAAUGCUGGAACCUACAUCCCAACGAAGAUUACGGAUGAUAUGAAACCAUGGUCAGAAAGGGCAAAAUGGCAUAAGGUGACUUUAUUUAGUCGAAGAGAUUCCCGCUUUUCAGUAGUAACAGGAAGUGGACCAGAUAGUUCAAAGGGUGGUAAUGCUCAAACAGUUAUACUAGAUGCAAAGAAUGGAAUUGGAGAAUGUACUUGUGGGAAGUUUCAAGGGAGACACCUGCCUUGCUCUCAUGCAUAUGCAGCUGCGAGAAGCGUUAAUUUGGAUCCUUUGAUAUUUGUUAGUCCAUACUACAAGACUCCAUACGUGGUCAGAGUUUGGGAAGGGUCGUUCUUUCCCUUGGCUCAUGAAGCAUAUUGGCCC